UUUCCCGCCAUCAAAAAAGCUAGCUUGUUUGCACUAACUUGACAUGUCAGCGGUCGAGGAGCAGCAAUUCUGGGUGGCGAUUGGAAUUUUAAUCAAAAACUAUCAUGCCCUUAAUAAAAAGAUAUUCGGAGUGGUCAUCACCCAAGUUCAAAAGCAGCAAGAUGAGCAGCUAUGUGAUUCCACACAAGAUGAGCUGGAGAUGACCCUGAGGGAGCAGCCGGAGAGACGCACGUGCAAAGGUUUCAGGAUUGGCUUCAAAUUGCUGCCCAAGAAACUAAAAGAAAACAUACUGGCCACCGGAUUUGUAGGUGAGACGAUCGACACAUUCAAUUAUCUAUUAUUUUUAUUUUUAAAUGUAUUGACAGACUUUCAGGAACGCCACUACAAGUGCCUGUUUGCCAGCGAUGAUUUUGAAAACUUUUCGGUGCGGCUCAAUGGCGGCCAGUUAGAAGUGGAGUCUAAGCAGACAGAAUGGCAGGAAUUUUCACUUAAAUCCAAGCUGCUAAGCUGGUCGCAAAGUAAACAAGACGAUACCAAGGUUAAGUCGCUCGGCCUGGUCAAUGUGGAGAAGUACAAUGAUUUGUAUAAAGAGCUGAAACAGAAGCAUGCCCAGCGCCUGCUGCAGUACUGGCAGACGGCACAAGAGUCCACAGAUCCGCUAAAGUUCAUAUACGAGGAUCUGGCCAUAGCAGCGUACCUGAUUGUCCUGUGGGCUCAGACGCAAACAGAGCCCAAGGCUUUUGCCGAUCUGGGCUGUGGCAAUGGCCUGCUUGUGCACAUUCUCAAUGCCGAGGGCUACAAAGGCUAUGGCUAUGAUAUACGGAAACGCAAGCUGUGGUCCCUCUAUCCGGAGGAAACUAGCUCGAACCUGAUUGAACAGGCAGUGGAGCCGAAUAGCUUUGGCUUGGAUUUUCCAGACAUUGACUGGCUGAUUGGUAACCAUUCCGAUGAGCUCUCCCCCUGGCUGCCUGUGCUGGCGGGGCGCCUGGGCACGCAUUUCUUUCUCUUACCCUGCUGUCCGUACGAGUUGAGCGGGGCCAAGUUCCAGCGACGAAACACUAGCAUAAGUGCCUAUCAGGACUUUUUCCAUUAUGUUUUAACGGUGUCCGAGCAGUGUGGCUUCGAGACGCUUCAGGAUCGCCUGAAAAUACCAAGCACCAAGCGCUUGGCAUUGCUGGGCCUCAAACGGACCACAAGGGAUACGCAAAAUCUGGAGCAUUUUGUUCAGGAAGAGCUGCAAAAGUACAAAAUAGGCGAUCCGAACGACGAGACGAUCACCAUAAAGCUGCGCGAGAAGGAGGAAAGGGUACGGAAUUGCACUCAAGUGGAUAGAUGCAUUAUCGAUGGCCUGGUGCUAAAGAUCUUUCGCUUGCUGCUUGCCAGCCACGAGGACAGUUGGUCCGGCCGUCUGUCCAUGCGACAGAUUGCUCAGACUCUGACCAAAGAGGAGCUGAGCGGCAUCAAGGCAGAGUGUGGUGGCAUUAAGACGUUGCUGAGGAACAAACACGAGGUAUUUCAGUUCUGUGGCGGUGAUCUGUUCGGCAUACGCAAACCCCAGACGACUGCAGUGCCACAUCCCCGCCUGACCACCAAGAAGCGAGACUGCUUCUUCAAGCUCCAUCAUCCGUUGGGCUGUCCCCUGGACGAUGCAGAGUGCACCUUCAUACACUAGCUAAGGGCCGGAGAGGAUGGCUAUUGUAUAAUUUAUUUAUUUUGUGCCGCCUCUAUGCUCAGCGCACUUAAAUUGUUCCGAUUAUAAUGUGAAAUAAAUUGAAGCUUGUGUUUUAUAU